AUGUUCCUAUACAUAUUAGCGCACGGAAAGGGAUAUCGGGAUGUGACAACAAUUUUCAACCAUUCAUUGCAAACUGUAUGUCACUACGUUAAAGAGGUUCUAUGUGCGGUCGUCACGCUUUCAAUGCGCUUGACUCUUCAGAGUACGAACUACAAUGACGGUGUCGAGCCACACAUGCCGAAUCUGAGCAAUCAUCCAUUGUUUGGAGACUGCAUCGAUGCUAUUGAUGGAAUGCAUGUCAAAGUUGUGUUAUCGAGGCAUGAGCGUCUGAACUUCAUGGGACGAAAAGGAGGGUUGACACAGAAUGUGUUGGCAGCUUGUGACUUUAAUUUAUGCUUCACGUUUAUGCUAGCAGGAUACUCCGACAAUACGCAUGAUGCGCGCAUACUUGCAUGUGAUAUCCACAAUUUGGAAAUACAUUUUCCGUUGUCGGCCUCGGGAAAGUACUAUUUAGUAGACUCUGGGUUUGCUCAUCGCCCUGGGUGUGUGGAAACAAAGAUGGAAGAUCUUGGAUUGGAGCCCAGAUAUCCCUUCCCAAUGCAAGUAGCAAUUGUGGUGGCCACGUUAGGGGUACAUAAUUUCCUGCGGCUUGCAGGAUUGGUAGACGAGGAGUUCACGAGAGCGGAGGUGGAUGAAGAUGCAAUCGAGGUGGAGCUUCUCGAUGCAGAAGAUGAAAUGCAUGCCGAAAUAAAUGCACCGAAAAUGCAACAAAGUGAGUGGGAUAGACUUCGGGAUUAUAUGGCGCAGCAGCCGUGA